AUGGCAUCACCAGCGACGCACCGCCAAUUCGUUGUUAUGAAUGAGCACCCAAACGCGAAGGUGGAAGAAAUCUGUGCAGUUAUUGCGCAUUUGGAGGAGAUGCUGGAUGCCCUCUCACAGACUGCGUGGACUUGUGCGCACAAGGUGUGCAUGAAGGACGUCUGGGAAGUGCAAAACCUAAUGUGCAUCCAGAGAAGGCCCACAGGGCAGAAGCAGCGGACGCGCAGGACCCACAAUGGCACAGAUUUAACCGAGAGAGGGAGAGCAGGAGCCACCGCACUGCCGGACUACAGCGGCAAGAGUGCUUGA